CCCGCAACGCCCUUUCCAUUCAUCCUGACUGGACAAUACGAUACAACACGAUACAACACGACACGACACGGUUGAGGCGAAGACGUCAAAGAACUGCAAAUUCUCAAAAUGGCCAAUGACUAGGAAGACAGGCAAAACUUGCCAAGCAAUCUUGGUGAGGGAAGUGGAAUUGGUGAUGAUACAGGUAAUGAUGUGGACUGGGACCAGUGGUUGGUGCCAGAGGUUCUUGAUCAGUGGCACCAAGAGAGUGAGGAGAAUCAAGUUCAACCGCCCGCUCAACAAAACGCACACGCUCCUAAUCAUUCGAUGCAACCGAGUGUUGUUCCUGCCCAUCCGUCUUCUCAUACACAGCCUCAUGCUUCUGGAAAUUCUUACGAUGUGUCCAAUAUCGACCAGCAGCAGACUAGGGAUGAAAAUCGGGGGUUGGCAUCAAAUUUGAACAGCUCGAACUACAAUGACCACAGUGCUUCGUUCACUUCGGUAGACAACAGCCAGACUAUUCAUUAUGCCGGGGAAUUGCCACCAGCCUCAGGACAGCCAGCUCAGACUUAUCAACAACCCUUACCUUCCGGGCAAUCGGCUCACACGUAUCAACAACCCUUACCUGCCGGACAGCCAGCUCAGACUUAUCAACCCUUACUUUCGGGACCAUCAGCUCAGUGUUAUCAACAGCCCUUACCUGCCGGACAACCAGCUCACUCGUAUCAACAACCAUCGCUUGCACAACCACCUCCCAGCUAUCAACAGCCGCUCCCUAUCACCGAACAGCAUAUGCAGCCUUAUGAUUUAUCCUCGCCGGAGCUGGAUGGUCUUUUUGCAGGCCAUGAUAUGCCGAGCCUUGCGGGACAGGUCACCCAGAGCGAUAGUCCAGUCCAGCCUACACAAGAUCUCGGUCAGAGCCAUUCCUUACAUCAACAGAGUUCUAUGGACUUGUUCCCCAAGCCUGGGCAGCCCGCACAUGGCCUAGGUCAACCAGACAAGCCCGGGGCGGGUAGUCUCCAGACGCCAUUGUCAAAUCAACGUGAGGGUCAUGCUGUAACGCCUAUCCGCCCUUUCAGUGCUGCGCAUCAGAUCGAAUCGGGUCCUAUUUCAGCACAAGUUACAGACCGGCAAUCGAUGACAGCUAAUGCAAGUCAAAGCUCGACCAGAGUGCCGGAAAGGCCGCUGGGCACGAAAAUUGAAGUGAUCAAGCGGUUAGAGAGUGGGAUGCACAAUGGAGGUGGGCUAACGAAUUUGUCCAAGAAUAUUGGCAUUGAAUUGGGCAUCAGCGAGCACACAAUACGGGGGUGGUGGCUACGACGAGACAUUAUUUUGCUCCAGGAACAAAAGCUCAACGUCAUCAAGUAUAUACAGGAGGGGUGGACAAAUCACAGAGACAAGCAAGGCAGCUUCGCUGAUGCGGCUAAUCGUUUUGGUGUAAGCACUGACACAGUAGCAGAGUGGUGGGAUGAGCGGAAAAAGCUAAUCGAGGGAACCCCGAGUUCCGGUUACACGGAUGAAAGAAAGGACGAGGUUGUCAGAUUUAUACAAAAAAGACGUGGCCGACAUGGCGCGCUGAUCGAGGCUUCCCGUCAUUUUGGCAUCCCCCUCGCAACAGUUCGCAGCUGGUGGACUGCUGCAAGUGCAUUAGGGAAGAGGGACAACCCAGAAGAGGAGUACGACACGGAGGACAUGGAGGGCAUAGAGAAUCUGGAAAAUCGGGAGGGGCAGCUCCAGAGACAGCUUGGAACUUCGGAUGGUGAGGAGCCAUCGCGUAAGCCGGGUGAGCCAAGUGCUUCAUGAGUUCCCAUUAGCUGGUUCCCAAGCACAAUGUUCCGAGUCAGUGUUCGAGGCGGACGAUAUCUCUGUUCAGCACUUCCACGCGGUGUGGUGCGGAUCUUCAGGGGUGUCGACUCAAGUGUUGGGAGUAGUGUUAUUGGGAAAGGUGAUGAGAUUGGUGAUGAUUUGUUGUUGCUGCGAUGGUGUUGAGGAAACUGAACUGCCUGAUCGCUCAAUCAUACAUGUACUUUAUGUCAGCUUACUUGCCACGUGCUCUCCCAGCCUAGCGCGGCUCAGACCACUGCAGCUUUGUUACGUCCUUAUUAGUUAGGUAUAUUAGCGGAGUUUAUUACCAAGCCGAAAUUAAAAAUGAC